AGUUUCACUCUGCUCUCAUCCAGCAAAGAGGCACUGUGUUACUGCUCUGCGAUUUGAAGCAGCAAUACCCAUGGCUUCAGCAGCCUAUAGUCUGCUCAUCACCCUGUGCAAUGUUUGGAGCUUGAUCAAUGGAGCUGCUGUGGCUGCCCCAGAUGUUGCUGUGACAUGCUCUGAAGAAGCUCUGCUGCCCUGUAAAGUUCUUCAGGAUUCCUCGAUCACCUACCAGGCAGUGUCUUGGUACAAAAUGGCUGGAGUUGGUGACAGAAUAGCAUGGAAAUUCCUUGACGUGGAAUCUCAUUAUCCAAAAGGACUUGGAGGUUCACUGGAGCUCUCCAACAACACAUUUCAACUGAGGAUCAGAAAUGCCACCAGCCAAGAUAGUGGCACGUACAAGUGCACUUUGGGGGAACAGAGGGGAGACCGCAACCUGAGUGGCACCAUCACACUAAAAGUAACAGGUUGCCCUGGAAUAGAAGAUGAAAAACUGAAAAAAUACAAAACCGAGCUUUUCAUGCUGACUUGCCUUGGGAUUUUUUACUUGUUGCUCAUCUUCUUUACUUGUACAUGUCUAAGAAAAGAGAGUAUGUCUGCCAGUGACAAAAACAGAAGAGAUUCAAAACACAAUCUCACUCUCAUCAGCACACGUGAAAUGACGACAUUCCGGGUUUUAAACAGUGGCAGCACGUGCAAAAGUGGCCUCACUUCAAGUUCUAUUUAAUUGGCCCUGUUGAUGGCACCUAUUGAUUGUAGGUUCAUCAGUGAACAAAUGCCACGAGAUAGAUAGCGGAGUGAUAUGAAGAGGGCUGAAAUGGUGACAUAUGGCUGCUUCAGGACUGCCCGACAGUAUGGGCGACCUGUCAGUGAUGUGCUUGUUCUGGACAAGCCUUCAAAAAGCACCAUUAUGCACUACAGUAACUUCUUGGUGCUAGGUUGCUAACAAGUGCCAUUGCAGCUACACAACUGUGUUACAAUGCUGUUAAGAAGCUGGUAUCAACAUUUUUCACUCUGCCAUGCAGUCCUCUUGUUCAGACAGACUACUCCUGUGAUGUGAAGAUUGUGUAAUAGGGGCACCAUGGCAGUGCAAAGGCUGGAGGUUAGGCUUGUCAGUGAAGUAACUGGUAUGAUUCCUGCUGUUGUCCUGGAUGAAUCACAUCAACAUUCAUUUUUAAAUAUUGGACUGACAGAUAAGGAAGGAAGAAAAUAGUUUGAAAGUCUUUCUGGACUGAGAAGAACCCUAUCUCUGCAAGAGAAGUAGGUAUGCACUUGCAUAGUGUGUCCAUCAGACAUUUUCUAGAGGCAUCUGUAGAUAGGUUCAUCCAUAAGAAGCUUCUAUACAACUGUUAACUUUAAAGAAGCAAAAAUAAGAGGGAAGCAGCAUGCAAUUUUAAGGACAUGCAAAGAUGACUGUUAGUGACUUAUAAUACACAACUUCAACUGUAUGAAAUGAAGCCUCUAUCGAUCAAAUGAUAGCAGUAAUGACCAAGGGAGAAACAGACCAUCUACAUCUUUGAGAUGUAUCAAGUCAGCUGUGGAGAAACAGGAACAGAAGAUGGGGCAAAUAAACACCAGCUUUCGAUGUUAACAGCAUGCAGUUUAUGUGAAACAAGGCUAUGAGAGAAGCCAAAUUCAGGCUCACGAUGCAAGGGUGAGAAGACCUGUCAUUUUGGGCUGAAGAGGGCAAGAAUUACUUUGGAGGUUGAAAUUAAGUGACCACCUUUACAGUGCUGCUGGUGAAGCAAGUAGAGUCUAGAGUGACUGCGGAUAUUUAUGCCACCAUGGGAAGAUUUGUGCCAUAAAAUGAGAAUUUGCAAACAUGUGAGAACACAAUCAAUACCUCCUACAAAACAAGCCAGUCAAGCACACAAAAACUCUUUGAAAGCUAAACUGCAGCAUUAGGAUUAUUCAGUGCAGUUUGGAAUUUCAGGCUGUGACAAGGAGGCUCUUUCUAUAAUCCUUUGACUAAUUUUGAAGUGAUGAUGGGAGGAAAGCACCGUGCAUCACUCAGCAGCAUCUCUGUGAGUGGGGUAGAUGUCUACAUUGAUGGAAUCUGAGGGGCUUCUGACCAGAAGAAUGGUUGCAAGGGGUAUGGAAUUUACUUGGGGCAUGGUAAAUUAACAUCACAUUUGCUUUCUUAUAAUCAAUUUUUACAUGUAAAUGUGUGUAACAUACUUGAAAUA